AAACUGCAGGUUCCGGGCGCGUUCGGUCGGAGCGCGCGGCGUGGGCCGCGCGGGCCGCCGUAGUCAGCGGCUGCGAGCAGGAAGUGUCCGCGGCGCCGGCGGACGCUGCACUAUGGCUCCGGACCCCUGGUUCUCCACAUACGAUUCUACUUGCCAAAUUGCACAAGAGAUUGCUGAGAAAAUUCAACAACGAAACCAGUAUGAAAGAAAUGGUGAAAGUACAGCCAAGCUUACCGUGACAAUCAGAGCUUUGUUGCAGAAUCUGAAGGAAAAGAUCGCCCUUUUGAAGGACUUAUUGCUAAGAGCUGUGUCAACACAUCAGAUAACACAGCUUGAAGGGGACCGAAGACAGAACCUACUGGAUGAUCUUGUAACUCGAGAGAGACUACUCCUGGCAUCCUAUAAGAACGAGGGUGCAGAGCCAGAUCUCAUCAGGUCCAGCCUGAUGCCAGGAGGGGCUAAGCGAGAAGUACCCAAUCCUUGGCUCUUUGAGGAGCCAGAGGAGACCAGAGGCUUGGGCUUUGAUGAAAUCCGGCAACAGCAGCAAAAGAUCAUACAAGAACAGGAUGCAGGCCUUGAUGCCCUUUCCUCUAUCAUAAGUCGCCAAAAACAAAUGGGGCAAGAGAUUGGGAAUGAGCUGGAGGAACAAAAUGAGAUAAUUGAUGACCUUGCCAACCUGGUGGAGAACACAGACGAGAGGCUCCGCACUGAAACCCGGCGUGUGACUCUGGUGGACAGAAAGUCGGCAUCCUGUGGAAUGAUAAUGGUGAUUUUAUUGCUGCUCGUGGCUAUUGUGGUCGUUGCAGUCUGGCCUACCAAAUAGUGGCAAUAAAAGGACCACCAGCUCUGACACCUGCCAGUGAUGGAGAAAAGCCCAGCACCCUUUUGAUACAUGAAAGCUGCUCUCAAUAAAUUCCCUCAAAGCUCUGAA